GAUAGUGAAACGAGACUUCAGAAAUAAAAACAAGAGCAGGAGGUUCCUCCCAGUCAAUGAUUUUAUCACAGUAUGAUGAGCGAAAGGGGGUAAAUGAAUCCAAACAUGGACACUCCACAGACACAUGGGUUUGUGGAGGAAAUUAAAUUUCAUGAACUUCAAUGCCAUGAGGUUGUUGGAAAGGGUGCUUUUGGUGUUGUUAGUAGAGCUAAAUGGCGAGGGAAGGAGGUUGCAGUAAAGCUAAUUGAGACUGAAUCAGAAAGGAAGGCAUUUAGUACAGAAUUGAAACAGCUGUCUAGAGUUGCCCACCCCAACAUUGUGAAGCUGUAUGGAGCAUGUAAAGAACCUCCAACAGUGUGCCUUGUGAUGGAAUAUGCAGAGGGUGGAUCUUUGUACAAUGUGUUGCAUGGGGCAGGCCCCCAGCCCACCUACACAGCCGCCCAUGCUAUGAGCUGGGCCCUGCAGUGUGCCAAGGGAGUAGAGUACCUACAUGGAAUGAAGCCCAAAGCUCUGAUUCACAGAGACUUAAAGCCACCAAACCUGCUGUUGAUAAUGGGUGGGACAGUUCUGAAGAUAUGUGAUUUUGGCACAGCCUGUGAUAUACAAACACACAUGACUAACAACAAAGGGAGUGCAGCGUGGAUGGCACCUGAAGUCUUCGAAGGCAGUAAUUACAGUGAGAAGUGUGAUGUCUUCAGCUGGGGAAUCAUUUUCUGGGAGGUCAUCACAAGGAGGAAACCAUUUGAUGAAAUUGGUGGUCCUGCCUUCAGAAUCAUGUGGGCUGUUCACAAUGGUACCAGACCACCACUUAUAAGGAAUCUUCCUAAACCACUAGAGAUACUGAUGACCAGGUGUUGGCAUGGUAACCCAGCAGAGAGGCCCUCAAUGGCAGAAGUCUGUAGAAUUAUGACCUACAUGUUCCAGUUUUUCAGUGGAGCAGACCAACCACUGGAGUAUCCUCCAAUGAGCGAGUCCUCAGAUUCACCUGACUGGACAUUCAGUUCUCGUCCAAACAGUAUGGCCUUCAGUUCACCCCCGUCUACAUACAAUACUUCUGCCCCAGCAUCUGAAUCUCGAUCUGAUACUCUCAUCAACCCCGACCCAUACAUACAGGGGGAUCCCCCUCCCAUCCCACCCAGAGGAAACCCACCACCAGUGGUGGAGUACCAAAAUGAAGUAGGGAGAGGACAAAUGAGCGCUCCAGCUUCUCUAGCGGCCAGCCGAGAGAGCUUAGCGGAGGGUAGAGCUGGCACACCUGUAGAGCAGUACAAACGGUACUCAGCAGAUCUGACCCGCCUCAGCGAGGGGGAUAUCCUGACUCAGGGCAGUAAUGGAAGUGGCAGCAGUACAGGCUCUCACAAAGGACAUCGUAGAACGGGAUCACAUGGUACAUACAUUUUGUUUUCUGGUGGGAACCCCAUGCAUAAUGUGCCAAUUUCAGGGCGAUCUCAUCGACGCGGCGGAUCUGACGAGGUGACCCAGAUCAGACUGGGAAUGUCUAGCUCCCCUGUGUUUGUCAAUGUUAACCCUUCCCAUCAACCCUUUGUCAGUCCCCCUAACAACAUUCCGCACGUCAACACCUUUCCCGGAACACUACACUCCCCAAACCAUGAAAACACCAUCCCCCAGCGCUCCAUCUCCCACACUCCUCCAGAGUCCGAACGGAUAACGAAUGUCGGACCCAGACACCAGUCGUGGACCCCAGAGAUGGGUAUACAUCCUGUCUUACCUAGCAAUGGUCAGCAGCCAGUAAACUCUACAGCAAGUGACCCUCAACAGACCACAGGAACUGGUUUGUCCAAUACAGAUGCAUUUGCGAUGAGUCUGGUUCUUCAGUCCUUGGAUCACCAGUUACAGCCUCUGGCCCCAUGUCCUACCAGUGUAGAGUCAAUGGAGAUAUUUGAUCAACAUUGUAAGUUAGCAGAAGAAUACCUUAAAGUACAGACAGAACUGUCUUUACUGGUCCAGAGAAAGAAUGAUUUGAUCAAAGAAUUUGAACAGGAUGAACACAAUCAGAUGUGUAGUACUCGCUUAGCUGAGGAGUUCAAACAACUACGAGAGGAAAACGAGAGCCUGACAUUGCUUCACAAGAAUUUAAAUCAGCAAGUUGAGCAAAUUAGACACGAACAACAGAAAAGGCGCUGAUUAAACGAAGAGAGCAAUUCUUAUUCUGGGGACAGCUAGUUAUAUGUUUUAUGUUUUGGUUGUAUGCCUUUAUGUGGAGAAAUCAUUGACUUUUCAAUUUUUGUCAGUAGCUUAAUAUCAUUUUUAUGAAGAGGAUUAUAUCUGAGCUCCUGUUUGGAGAUUGUCAUUACUUCUCUUUAAAAGGACAUAUAUAUUGCUUUAUUGUUUCAGAUCUUGUUUUAACUACUUAGAUGAAUUCACAGAGUUAUUUUUUUUAGCAUGGACAAACACUGUGCCAUAUAAGUCUGAAUUGGUAGUUCUUAAUACUAUUCAAUCGACCUUAAAAAGAAAUUAAUAAUGUAACGAUUCUGUUAGUAUAAGUUAUGUUUUGUAAACUUUUAUUUAUAUAAGUUUCUUAGAAGCAUUUUUUGUUUGAAAAAAAAAAAUGUUUGACAAUCUUUAAAUGCAGUUAAUUAUCUUUAUAUGUAUAUUACACGCCACUAUGCAUACAACAGGGCAGAAUACUUGGCCAGUUUGAGAUACAAUGAUACUGUUUUAAAGAAAAUACAUCGCUUGUUGUGAAAUUGUUGAUGAAUCAGGCUUUGAUUUCUGGUAAAAAUAUUUUUCUGUGAAUGUUGAACCUUUUUACCUUUUUGAAAUUUUAAUCAUGUUAUUAUUAAACUAUUGAAUUGAUUUAAGCUGAAAACUGACAUUAUAUAGAUUCAGUGGGGUUUAUGUGCAAUGAAAUGUAGAUAUAUAUAAAAUAAAUUUUUACGAUAUAUGCUACGGUUUGUUAUUUGUUUCUUAAAAAUAACAAAACGAAGUUUCUCUCCAGUAACUUGUCGUACAAUUGUCUGAUUCACAUAUAUUGCAGGUGUUUAUUAAAAGUUCUUUUGUUUUAUUAAA